AUAUAUUCUGGUGUGUGCUUGUUUGAACGGAGGGUUUUCCUUUCUUCCUUUCUAGUUCACUUGUGUGAAGAAAUACAACUGAUACCCAUCCACGACCUAUAUUACAAUACUAUUCCAUAUAUAUACGACAACCUAAGACGCAUAUCUUUUUCUUCUUUCUUAUUGAACACAUCGCAAGCAUAUUCAAAAUGACAGACAACAAGCAGCAACCAAAAACCUACAAGCAAGCCGCAAAUGACUACUACAACCAAAAAUACGAAACUUGGAUGCCCUGGAUCGAAGACCAGUAUCUAAAAUGGUUCACAAAAGAUAACAAGGCCAGCUACGCCGCCAAACAAAACCUUGACAAAACAAAGGUAACCGGCAUCUCGCAAGUCGACAACCUCCAAGACGGCGUCAACGGCCUCGUAACGGGCCAAGUAGGCCAAGGCGGUCUCGCACAACCCAUCGGCGACACCUUAUCGAAAGAAGGAAUCAAUCGUGCUGAGCGUGGCGGCAAGGACGAGCAAGGACGGUCGCUUGAGGGACAAGGACCCUUGGGCGGGUAUGGACAGAGUGCUGUGGAGGGGGUGAAGGGGGGUGCGGGGAGUGUGGCUGAGGGUGCGAAGAGUGCGGGGGGUUGGGUUGGGGGAUGGGUUGGUGGAGGGGGCGCGAAGAAAUAGAUGUGUAGGGGGUGAGUGUAAUACUGUGACGACUUGAUACCUUUGGAGGAGGAGGAAGAUAAUGCUUUGAGAUAUAUAUAUGUUGUAGCGAUAGGGCAGUUUUGCUUUGCAAGUGUAGUUUAAUCGAGCUUUUUUUCUUUUUACUUUUUGAUAUGACAGUUUUGUGUAGUGCCCUGGAACACAGCUGGCGGGUUGAUUUGUAGCGAUUUUGAUCACUUUCAUCCCGAUUAGAGUCUGGAU